AGGAGGGGAGUAGAUGAAGCAAAGUGAUGUGAUUCGAUAAUCUGUGAAAUGACCACAAUAUUUAAAAGACUGGCUAUUCUAUCAGCUAUUCUAUCUAACAAGGAAGCAGGAAUUAUGAAACACAUCGUGAUAUUUUCUUUGCUGUUCUGUGUGCCAGUGUAUGCAACAUACACCCCCCAAAAUGUGGCUUUACGUGGCAAAGCAACUCAGUCCUGGCGUUACCGUGGAGAUUGGGAUGCUUUUGGAGCUGCAUACAAUGUGAUAGAUGGAAACAGAGAAUCUAAUUUUAAAGCGGGAUCAUGUAGCCACACUGCAGAAGGAAACAACCCCUGGUGGAGAGUGGACCUGCUAGAUUCCUACAUUAUCACCUCAAUCAUAAUAACCAACAGAGGAGACUGUUGUCAUGAGCAAAUUAACGGGGCAGAGGUUCAUGUUGGAAACUUUGCACAAUAUAAUGAUGUUAAAAGCGGACGGGUUGCAACAAUUUCUUCAAUUCCUGCUGGGGUUUCACACGUCAUAACUUUGACUGAGCGUGUGGAGGGACGUUAUGUGACUGUAGUCAUACCUGGUUCAAACAGAAUUUUAACACUGUGUGAAGUGGAAGUCUAUGGUUACCGUGCUCCAACUGGAGAGAACCUGGCACUCCAAGGAAAAGCCACUCAGUCAUCGUUGAGUGGAAAUGGCUUUGCAUUGAAUGCCAUUGAUGGGAAUCGUAACAACUUAUUGGAGCAGGCAUCCUGCACUAGCACAAUCCAAGAAAACAACCCCUGGUGGAGACUGGAUCUGCACAAAACACACAAAGUGUUUUCUGUUAAGAUAAUCGCCCUACACAAUUAUUCACAUUUUACUGGAGGCGAGAUCCUCGUUGGAGAGUCUCUUGACAACAAUGGCAACGACAAUCCAAGGUGUGCCGUAAUUGACAGCAUUCGAGAAGACGCUACAGUUGAAUUUAAGUGUAAUGGGAAUAAUGGGAUGGAUGGCCGUUAUGUUAACAUCUUUAUUCCAAAACAAGCUGCUUACUUGUCCCUGUGUGAAGUGGAGGUCUACGGCUCUGUCCUGGAUUAGAUUGCAGGCCUGCCUGCCUGCAGUCCAGACCUUACAACAAUAGAAAGCAUCAGUCAUGACGGAGCAGGGCUGCAGAAACUGGUCUCUGUAAUUUUGUUUUGACAGUUCUGGUGUAGAUUGUACCAGCUGUGGUAAUUGUAUCAAGGCUAAGAGUGUCAUAUCACAUCUGUUACAUAACUCAGCUUACUGAACAUUUGUAUAUAAUCCAACAAUAGAUGUGAAUCAGGCAAACCCAAAAUGUGUUGAUGUCAAUAACAGUACAAUAACGGUAUUGUUCAGAUCUCUGAA